AUGCAAUCGAGCAACACUUCAGUCUAUGCAGUUGGGGAUGUUGCCGCUUUUCCAGUAAAAAUGUUUGCUGAAACACGCAGACUUGAGCAUGUAGAUUCUGCGAGGAAGUCAGCAAGGCAUGCUGUUGCUGCUAUCAUGGAGCCAGAAAAGACGGGUGAAUUCGACUACCUGCCAUUCUUCUACUCCCGCGUCUUCACAUUGUCUUGGCAGUUUUAUGGAGACAACGCAGGGGAAGUAAUUCAUUUUGGGGAUUUCUCGGGAAAGACUUUUGGGGCUUAUUGGAUUAAUAAGGGUCAUCUUGUUGGUUCUUUUCUGGAGGGUGGAACCAAAGAGCAGUACGAAGCUAUAGCCAAGGCCACGAGGCUUAAACCGGCAAUUGAAGACCUGGGUGAGCUUGAGAGGCAGGGACUGGGAUUUGCUUUGACAGCAAGCCAGAAACCAUCAUCAUCAUCACCUCCUCUUGUUGCUGGCAGUUCUAAUCUCGUCAUCGAGAAACCAUUACACGCUUGGUACGCAACUGCGGGUGUGAUUGUGGCUGCAUCAGUAGCAACCUUUGCAUACUGGCAAAAAGUACAAAGGAUAUGCCUUCUGUGUUGGGGUGAUAUAAGUAGGCAGAUGGAGGUGCAAUGGUGCAGAAAGAAACUACAGAAUUUUCAAGCAAGCCAACAGUUCAAAUCUUCAACUCGUUGCAGCAAUUGUAAUGAUUACGGUCGCAUCCUGCGGAAGAGCACCAAGAACAAUGAAGAAUUUGGAGCUGAUUCUAGAAUGGGGUUUGGACCGUAG